CUUGUUGUAGGCGCCUCAAAUGUCAUAAUAAUUUCCAGUUUCUGAAAAUUACGUUUUAUUUCCUUUUUUGCAUUAUUUUCAAAGUUUUAUUGAUGUCUGUAAUUAUAUAUAAGUGCAAUUAUAUUUUAUUUGUUUUAAUUCCUAUAAUUAUUUGCAUAUUUUUAUAAGUGUUCGCUCAUACGCACCAAGGACCUUUGAUUGAUGUUCUACAAUGAGAAAUAAAGAAUAUCUUUUGAAAAGGUAGCACGUACUUUUGACGCCCACAGUUUUUGUCAAGGGCUUAUUUGCUGCGUACUUUAGAAUAUAUGAAAGGAAUGGUGCCGUGCAUAAAGUUUUAAGUUUAGUGCGUAUAUAUGGAACAAUGAGUGAUUCUCCGGGGGUCGAGUGGCUGCCGGCCUACAGUCCUGGUCCUCCGCGGCAUAGUCCGCUGGGCCCUAUUCCGCGAUUCCUUUAUGAAGAUGUCCAACCUCUUUCAUUGCAACAGGAAAACAAUAACAAGGAAAUUGAGGAGAAACUAAACGCAAAUAAAAUUAAACAUCCCAAGCCAGCUUACAGCUACGCCAGCAUGAUUAGACUGGCAAUAAGCAGUUCACCAAACGGAAAAAUGACAUUGAACGAGAUUUAUAAUUACAUAUGUAAUGCAUUCCCCUAUUACAAAGAGGCAGGAAAAGGAUGGAUGAACUCAAUAAGACACAAUCUUUCACUGAACAAGUGCUUCAUGAAGGUGGCUCGCAGCAAAGAUGACCCGGGCAAGGGCUCCUACUGGGCGAUGGACAGCAGCUACAAGAUGGCGGAGGUCACGCCGCGUCGGCGCAGGAGUCUACGAAUGGCUCCAUACAGCCCGGAGUGCAGCUCGAACAGUAGCGGCGACACGGCGCUGGCCGGCGCGAGCGUGCCCACGCCGCCGGCCACGCCCACCACGCCCACUGCGCCCACCACACCCACCACGCCCGUCUCGCCCAACGUCAAGGAGGAGAUCAAAGAGGAGUCGGAAUCCAAACAUACUGAUGAUGCACUGUCGGCCCUCAUGAACGAGGAACUCAUCGCUGAUGUGGAUAUUAGCAGAGAGCGAUGGUGGUGGUCGGGCGCGCGGCGGCACGUGUGCGAGGUGCGCCACUCCGCGCUCACGGACGACUACGGGAACUUCCGCGACGAGCGCCAGGACGACUGCGACUGCCCCGCGCACGACCUCGACCCCGCCGACCCCGCCGCGGCCCUCGCGACCCCCCUCGCCACGCCCGCUUUACAAGCAUCCAACAUCACUCUCCGAAUUGACGCGCCGCGCGAUCCCGCGCAGUCGCGGCGGGACCGCACGGUCUAA